AUGUCAUCUUACGACAUCGAAUCGGUUCGAAGAAAAAUCGCUGCACUCCAUAAACAACGGGAGUUCGUGUUGCCGUUUUCCCGUCGGCCAAUCAACUUCGACUGGGAAGCACUCAUCGACGAACACGAUGCAUCGUUGAUUAUACGUUUGGCUAUAAUCGAUCUACGCGUGGAUUAUACUCCACCUCGUCCGAAUAAGAAGUUCAUUCGUAUCAUCGACGAAACGUAA